AUGCUUCAACUCAUUCAGUCGAUACAAGCUCAUUCCGAUAAAGUGUGGAGCGUGUCUGCCCACCCAACACUACCACUUUUGGCCACUGCAUCGACCGAUAAAUCAACCAAAGUAUACAAACUAUCAUCUGUAUCAAGUUUCCCCCAAAUUGCCAAUCUAGAAGAUACACAUAGGCGAUCAGUACGAUCAGUUUCUUUUAAACCACCAAUUGGUGGCGUCGACUACAAUCUGAAUAUAUUGGAUUUGCCCGCGUUGGCUAGUGGGUCAUUCGACUCGACCAUAUCGAUAUGGGGCAUCGAUGAGCCAGAUGAAAAUUAUGAAGUGGAAGAAAUUAUGCAUAAUCAAGCUGAAAUUUUGACAAGUGCAUCCAAUGAAUGGAAUUUGAUGGCAAUUAUUGAAGGUCAUGAAAAUGAAAUCAAAGCAGUAGAUUGGAAUUUUAGUGGUCGGUAUCUUGCUUCAUGCUCUAGAGAUAAGACAGUUUGGAUAUGGGAAACUGAUCCAGAGACAUUGGAGGAAUUUGAGUGCGUUUCGGUAUUGAAUGAUCAUCUGCAAGAUGUGAAGAAUGUUACAUGGCAUCCAACACUGAAUUUGUUGGCUAGUUCAUCGUAUGAUGACACGAUACGUAUAUAUAAACAAGAUUUCGAUGAUGAUGAUUGGUCAUGUGUUGGUAUUUUGGAUUCACAUGAGGGGACAGUAUGGUGUUCCAAGUUUGAAAGUCCAAAGAGUCCCAAUGCUACAAAGGACAGGAUUAGAUUGGUAUCAGUAAGUGAUGAUUUAACAGUGAGGAUAUGGUAUUGUCAAGAAGAUAGUAACAGUUCUCAAUCGAAUGGACAUGGCUCAGCUUUGCCGUCAUCAAUUAAACACACUUCAGAAAUGGUUUGGGAACAAGAAUGCAUUUUACCCACGACGCAUUCUUUACCUAUUUAUUCUGUUGCUUGGUCAUCGAUAACGGGGAAGAUAGUUACCGCUGGAUGCGACGGAAAGAUUGUGGUAUAUAAAGAGACAACAAGAGGAGAGUGGGAAAUCGAUAGUAUUCAACAAUCAGCUCAUGGUGUUUAUGAAAUCAAUUGUGUCAUUUGGGCAAAAAUAGACAACAAAGAAGAAGCAAUAAUAUCUGCUGGAGAUGAUGGGUUUGUAAACAUAUGGCGAACCGAAUGA